GUGCGCGUGCUGCACUUGGGGCUUUUUAAUAUAAAAUGGCCACCACGGUGUUCCCGGGCGUGCGGCUGGUGUCGAUCGGGGACCAGAAUGGGGAGAUCCAACGGCGCUCCGACCAACAGCCGCUCAAACUGGAGAUUAAAACCACCCAGGACAACGCUUACAUCAGCCUGUACAGCAAUGAGACGGUCUGUGUAUUUAAGUGUGCAGUGAAUCGGGAAACGCAAUGCAGUCGUGUCGGCAAGCAGUCCUUCAUUGUCACAUUGGGAUGUAGCAGUGUCCUCCUACAGUUUCCAUCACAGAAUGAGUUCUACUCCUUUUUCAAUAUUCUGAAAAACUGCAGAGGUCACAACCUUGAACGAUCUGUCUUCAGUGACCGAACAGAGGAGUCUUCUGCUGUGCAGUAUUUCCAGUUCUAUGGAUACUUAUCGCAACAACAGAAUAUGAUGCAAGACUACAUACGGACAGGCACUUACCAAAGGGCAAUACUCCAAAACCAUGCAGACUUUAAAGACAAGGUUGUACUAGACGUGGGAUGUGGCUCUGGAAUUUUAUCAUUUUUUGCUGUGCAGGCGGGAGCACGAAAGGUGUUUGCAGUGGAAGCAAGCACCAUGGCUCAGCAUGCUGAGCUUCUGGUAAAGAGCAACAACCUAACAGAUCGCAUCCUCAUCAUCCCUGGGAAGGUGGAGGAGGUUAACAUCCCGGAACAGGUCGAUAUCAUUAUUUCUGAACCCAUGGGCUACAUGCUCUUCAAUGAACGAAUGCUGGAGAGUUACCUACAUGCUAAGAAAUGGUUGAAACCGAAUGGUAAUCUGUUUCCAACCCUUGGUGAUGUCCACCUUGCACCCUUUACAGAUGAGCAGCUUUACAUGGAGCAGUUUACAAAAGCAAAUUUCUGGUAUCAGCCGUCUUUCCAUGGUGUGGAUUUAUCAGCCCUGCGGGGUGCAGCAGUAGAUGAAUACUUCAAGCAGCCUAUUGUGGACACGUUUGAUAUCAGGAUUCUAAUGGCCAAGUCGGUGAAGUACACAGUGAACUUUCUAGAAGCCGAAGAGAAUGAUUUGCACCGGAUAGAAAUUCCAUUCAAGUUCCAUAUGUUACAUUCAGGGUUAGUCCAUGGUUUGGCAUUCUGGUUUGAUGUGGCCUUCAUUGGUUCCCAAAUGACCGUGUGGCUCUCAACUGCACCAACGGAGCCUUUGACUCAUUGGUACCAAGUUCGCUGUUUGCUUCAAUCGCCACUUUUCACCAAGGCAGGUGAUACACUGUCCGGGACUGUCAUGCUGAAUGCUAAUAAAAGGCAAAGUUAUGACAUUAGUAUUCUAGCCCAGGUGGAUCAGACUGGUUCAAAAUCUAGUAAUGUACUGGACCUGAAGAACCCUUUUUUCAGGUACACAGGAACAACUCCCUCACCACCCCCAGGUUCUCAUUACGUAUCGCCGUCGGAGACUAUGUGGAAUACAUCUGGCUCUUACAACCUUAGCUCAGGACUGGCAGUAUCUGGAGUCCCAACGGCAUAUGAUCUGAGCAGUGUAAUUGCCGGUGGAUCUGCAGUCAGCCACAACAAUCUGAUUCCAUUAGCCAACACUGGGAUAGUGAAUCACACUCACUCAAGACUGGGAUCCAUUAUGAGCACAGGAUUUAUACAGGGGUCUUCAAGCGGUGGACAGGGUGGAGUGAUUGCCAGUAGCAGCUACUAUCCAAUCAACAGUCAGUUUACCAUGGGCGGCGCUGCCAUCUCCAUGGCUUCUCCAAUGUCCAUAAGCACCAACACAAUGCACUAUGGGAGCUAAGAGUUCAUGAUACUGCCUCCGACUUUUUGAACUGACACUUUUUGAGAGGAUUAAAAACCAAAUCCAGAUUCAGUUCCCUCCAAAAAACCCAAUCUCUGUGAAUUGUCCAAAUUCAUUGUCCAUGGAUUUAGUUCAGCUUGAGGGUGGGGUGGGGUGGGGGUGGCGGGCGUGUAUGCGUGUGUGUGUGUGUGUGUGUGUGUGUGCGCGCGCGCGUCUGUUUUGUUUCUGCCAUUGGGAACAACAACAUACAAAUUAUUUGAUACCAGACUUGUAAAGUUUUAUAUAACAAAAAGGGAGGGGGAAAAUAAAUGCUGUUUUGGUCCUGCGAUUAGACUCCAUAGUUCAUAAAUUUUCUCAUCAGUUUGUCGGAGUGCUGCAAGUAGAUACUAACAUAUCUUUUAAUACAGACAUGUCCAGUGUGUUGGGAGCAGAUGGCUGAUAGGAGUUAUCCAUUACCUGGUUUAUCUCUGUCUUUUCCUCCUCUGAUAUCCCUAACCCCCUCACCUAAUGUGCCAACCCCUAUCUGAUCUCUUGAAGAUCUUGGGUUAAUGGACAGUUAAUUGAAAGUUUCAAAAGUGACAAAUAUCAGCUGUAAACGUAAUAAAUAUUAUAAAUGUUUUUGAUAAGACAUUUUUUCAUUUAAGGAUUUUUUAAAGUUACUUUUAAGUAUGGAUAGACUGCAUGCAAAAUGUUUUUCCCGAACUCCUUUGAAACCUACAGUGAUUUGAAAAGCUUCCAGGUUCAUCUCAUGGAGAAAGAGUUUUUCUCAGGGCUGGAAUGAACUGAGUAGCUGUAGGAAAGGAGCAGGUAUCUGAACAUUUUGACUUGUUUUUUGGCACUUGUCUGACUUGCUUUUGCGUGCCUUUAAUUUUCAUUUUGGCCACUUUGCAGCGUCUCCACAAAGCCGGAAGCACGACCCUGUUUGAACUGGUGCUGUUUUCGGAGUAGCUGAAAAUUGCACUGCUGAUCUGUUCCUUGACAAUGCCAAGAGCAACCAUGUGCAGGCCAGGUCUUGAUCCAAACCAACCUAUUAUUGCUUUUUGCUUGAUAACUCUUGCAUUAAAGAGUGAACAACAAACAGUCUUACAUGAUUUGUCUUUCUGCAUCCAAUGGUUUGAUUUCUCAGUUCUACCUGUACGCUGUUGUUGUGAUUUGAGCUUUGAGUUGAAACUGCUAUGGCAGCACAUUGAGCAACCUGCACUACCUGUGCUCGGGGGCUGUUGGAAUGGUUUAUACCUACACAUAAUAAAAAUGGGUUGGAUUACUUUAGUGCCAAUAUAUGUGUAUAUUGGAUAUCUCCUCCAUAUACAAAAAGGAAUGCUGCAGAUUUGGUGGUAAAUGUCUUCUCCAGCAGUUGGGACAUCGUGGUUAGGGUAUGAGAUCUCGUACUUCACACUCCAGAUAAUUUAUAUUUGUCCACCCCCUUCUGUGAUUAACUUCCAAAUCUGUAGAUAGAAUAGUGAAAUUUUCAUUAUCUUCAAUCAGCUGUUACAGGGAACGAGGCUGUUUUUUCCAGCAUUUUCUGAUUUGUUACAAGUUACAAUGUCUGUAUAUUUCUUGAAAUAGUCGUAUUAUUCUUGGCAGCAAUCUCUGAUAGAAGGAAGAGUCUCUUUUUAAACUGAGCAUUGAUCGUAGAACCCAGCUGUCUUGUCGUACAAGAUUUUUUUUCUUUUGAGGAGAGGUUUAAAGUCAAGAGUUCUUUGCUUUCCAAAAUCUUGCACCCCCAACUCUGAGUUUGUUGGCUGCCUUCAGUUUUUAAAUGUCUUUUAAUGCCAUUGCUUUGUUUAGGGGUGGGAGAGAAUUAGUAUUGAUUUCUUUGUAGCACUCAAGCAUUUGAAAAUUUGGUAGACUGCUUCUGGUUCUGGCAAAUUUUAUUUUAUAUGGUGAGUUGAAGUAUUAAGGAUUAGUAGAUUCAGGAUGAACGGGUCAGCUAUACCUACAGUUAUGUAUACACGAAAGAAAGAGAGACCUUCUGCAAUUGAAUCUUGUCUUGGGUCAUUGCGGAGGCUUUAAAUAUAAGAAUUGAAGAUGCAUCUGUUAGAUUUACCUGCAGCUCUGGUAUACAUCUACCAUAGGAUACAAUUAGAAAGAGCUCUUUGGAAACUUAUGGGUGGGGGAUGUGCAGGAGAGGUGUUAGUUGUGCUUCUGUGCAACGUGGGUAAAGUUGUACUCCAGACAAAGCCAGCAGUGUCUCAACACCAGGUUAUAGCCCAGCAGGUUUAUUUGAAAUCUCUCAAGCUUUCGGAGCACAGCCCCUUCGUCAGUUGUAGUGAGAAAGCAGAGCACA